AUGGAUAUCGAAACUUUUGUUUCCAAGACACUUGAACUGUUAAAGGAGGAGAGAGGAGCUGAGAUAGAAGAAACCAGAGCAUGGCAGAAGAACCUGUCACUGAAAAACCUCCAGCAGAAAGGAGUAUGCCUGCUAAAACUUCAGAUUGCAAACCAGAGGACAGGGAUGCAUGGGAGACUUCUUGUUUCCUUUGAGCCCAGGAAAAGUACUGGCCCUUCAGUUCUUCCUAGCAAUGGUUUUGGACCCGGUGAUAUCGUGGGUCUUUAUGAAUCAGAAGGAUGCAGCCAGCCUAAUCAGCUUUGCUCAGGUGUGGUAACUCGUGUCACCCAGACGUCUGUAACGGUUGCUUUUGAUGAUACUCAGGACGGCUCCGGUUUGGAAAGUGAUGGACUGUACAAUAUCAUGAAGCUGGCAAAUGAUGUAACUUACAAGCGAUUAACUAAUGCUUUAAACUCCUUGAAUGGAUACAGAAGUGGUCCAGCUUCCCAUCUAAUAAGCGUACUUUUCGGUUACUCCGAGCCUGGAACCCUGUCACAACAAAAUGACUUACAGUGGAUGAAUAAUGGAUUGGACGGUUCUCAGCAGGAGGCUGUGUCCUUUGCACUAUCUCAGAAAGAUGUUGCUAUCAUACAUGGGCCACCGGGGACUGGUAAAACCACCACAGUGGUUGAGGUUAUUCUACAGGCGGUACGACAAGGACAGAAGGUUCUGUGCUGUGCUCCAUCCAAUGUGGCAGUGGAUAAUUUGGUAGAGCGCCUGGCUAGAAGCAAAGCUAAGGUCCUGCGUCUGGGACAUCCGGCUCGUCUGCUGGAGUCCAUCCAGAAACAUUCGCUGGAUGCAGUGCUUGCACAGAGUGACAACACUAACAUUGUUGCAGAUGUCCGUAAAGACAUUGAUAAAGCCUUGAGUCAGUUAAAGAAGGUGCGCGACAAAGGACAGAGGAGCAGCCUGAGGCGAGAAAUAGGGGAACUGCGAAGGGAACUAAGGUCCAGGGAACAAACAGCCAUCACCCAAAUCCUACAAAGGGCCAGUGUCAUUCUGGCAACCAAUACUGGAGCCAGUGAUGGUGGUCCGCUGAAGUAUUUGCCCAGAGAGCAUUUUGACCUAGUGGUGAUAGAUGAAUGUGCUCAGGCUCUGGAGAGCAGCUGCUGGAUUGCACUGCUCAAAGCACGCAAGUGUAUUCUUGCUGGAGACUACAAACAACUGCCACCAACUAUUAAAUCCCAGACCGCUGCAUCUAAAGGUCUGUCUGUGAGUCUAAUGGAGCGUCUGAUUCAGAAGUACGGAGACACUGUAGUGCGAAUGCUGACUACUCAGUAUCGUAUGAAUUGUGCCAUUAUGCAGUGGGCUUCAGAGCAUAUGUACCAAGGGAAACUCAUAGCACAUCCCUCAGUGGAAAAGCAUUUGUUGAGAGACCUGCAGGGAGUAGCUGAUCUUGAGGAAACCAGUCUGCCUCUGCUCCUCAUUGACACAUCUGGCUGUGGCCUUAAUGAAAUGGAGGACACAGAUGAGCAGUCGAAAGGCAAUCAAGGUGAAGUCGACAUAGUGGCGAUUCAUGUCAAAACCCUAAUUGAAGCUGGAGUAAAAGCAAAAGACAUUGCUGUUAUCGCACCUUAUAACCUCCAGGUUGAUCUUUUAAGGCAGAAACUCUCAAGUGAGCAUCCUGAACUAGAGAUCAAGUCUGUGGAUGGCUUUCAGGGCAGAGAGAAGGAGGCAGUGCUGCUGUCCCUGGUUAGAUCUAAUAGAAAAGGAGAGGUUGGUUUUCUAGCAGAGGACAGAAGGAUCAACGUAGCAGUCACACGUGCCAGGCGUCAGCUCGUAGUGGUGUGCGAUUCCCGAACGGUCCGAAACCACGACUUCCUCAAAUCCUUGGUUGACUACAUGUCUGAGCACGGCGAGGUUCGCACCGCAUUCGAAUACCUUGAGAACGUGGUGCCUGAAAACUACAGCCAAGACAAGAACGAUAAACACAACGACAUCAAAGACGCUACAGGAACCAAACCAAAGGCCAGAAACCAGCAAAGCAAGAAAGUUGAGUCCAAGCGUAAUAAAGACUUGGAGAACAAAAACAAAGUGGGAGUUCAGCAAAAAUCUGGCACCUCCAGCAUCAAUAAUUUAACCUCAGACUUUUCCAAACUCAAAGCAGAUGAUCAAACUGAGACUGAAAUAAAAACAGAAGAGAUGAAGCAGCAGUUGCUUGACUUUCUGAGUGAUCAGAGUCGAACAGAGAUGAAGUUUCCUUCCUCUCUAAGCUCUCACGAGCGCCUGCUGGUCCACCAGCUCUCGGAAGACUUGGGACUGUUGCAUCUGAGCCAGGGAGCAGGAAAACAGCGCCACAUCACCGUUUCCAAACCUGUGUCAAAGUCAGAAAAGGUAGAAGAGAAACCAGCUGAGGAACCAGAAGCUGAAAUCCAGAAUACAGGGAAACAACAGGAGAAGGAACCCAUCAGGCAAGCACCAAAGCCUGCUCUAGAUUUGAAAAGCUUGCAUUUAGAGCGUAUGCAACGGGAGCAAGAAAAACGGGAGGAGAAAAAUAAGAGCAGACGAAUGGAGGAAGAUCUGAGAGACAAUAAAGGCCAGACUACAAAAAAGAGCAAAGGAAAGGGAAAAAUUAAAGCAGGGGCCGUGGAUAUAGCUGCAGCCGCUACUGCUGAUGAUGAUUUUGAUGCCCUUAUUGAUGCAGUGGUGAAAGCAGAGAGAGUGUGUGGCUUUGUGAAGUGUAAAGCCAGCGUGCUCACACUUGGACAUCUGUGUGUCUACUGUAACAGACAAUACUGCCUAUCUCACCACAUACCCGAGGUCCAUGGAUGUGGAGAUAAGGCAAAGGCUCAGGCUCGCAUGAGAAUUAGCAAAGAAGGAGUACUAUAUGCUGGAAGCGGGCAGAAGGACAAGUCCAUGGACCCCAAUAAAAAAGCCCACCUGCAUCGAAAAUUGGACUCUAAACUCAAGGACAUGGCAUCCCAAAGAAAAACCAAAUCAAAGGAUAAAGAACAAUAAAUAUUCGGCUGUACUGUAUACAUUUGGUUAAUUUAAACUUGUAAUGCUGGAAUAUGCAUAAAGUUAUAUGAUUAUAGAUAAAAAUGUAUUAAACUAUAAUGCAAUUGUCUUUAAACCACUGAUUUUAUUUAUUUAUUUUCAAAAUAAACCAGAUAAAAUGUCA